AUGGGCUACUGCGUUACUUCGUUAGAAAGCGGCGGGACCCUGUGUCUCUUGCAGGAAGAGUUCAAGAUCUGGGCAACUCACAACAAGCUGGACAGCAAUGUUACAAAGAACAACUACACUUGCAAUAUGACCUCAGGGACAUGGUAUGUGCGGCAUCACAACUGCAAAGAUGUCUAUCUUCCACCGACCAAGAAGCAUUGUGAUGAUUGCAAGAGUUUGGGCGAACCUCGUGGUGUGCAGCGCCUGGUGAUUCGCUUUAUUGCAAAAUACCAUUGUGCCCAUUUACUGAGCAAGCGCCUGUUUUCUCCACAGGAGGAAGCGCAAGAUUAUGUUGCACAGGUUGCCAGUAGUGCUUAUGGGCAGAAGCAUGCAGUGCAAUGGAAACGUCUGAGUGAAUUAUCCAACCAGGAGCUUCAGAGCUAUGUUCGUAGCAGCUUUGCCUCUAUCAGUCCGCAGGAACAUACUUCAGCUCUCCAAAUGCUCAUUCAUGCACUUGUUCAGCCCUGCCUCAAAGUCAAUCCCACCUGCAUCAGCUCCAGGAUGGUCUCUCUUUUCUCUGGAUUUGUGGAAGCACUGUCCAAACAAAACCUGACCGAGCUUGAGCAAAUCAACUUGGAGAUCAUGAAAGCUGCCUCUUCUGGCCGAUUAGAUGAGAACCCUAUAAUGCAGGGUCUUGUCGUGCAGUGUAUCAGAGCCUUGGACAAACAGGAGAGAGGCGUUUCUUUGGCAGGACGGAAAGCAAACUGCACAGAAACCGAAGCAUCUCUGGUCCAGGACGCAGCCAUGACAUUGGCCAUUUGUGGCAACAAUCGGGGUUUGGCAGAGAAGCUGGGUCAGUACGCAACAGCUCCCCGAGUAUGCCUGGACAGCUUGCAUGCCAAAAGUUUGCCGAACCCAGUAUUGGCUCUCAUGGACGAGGAGCAGAUGUCCAUGAACACGCAGAUCAUAGACCAAAAGUUCCCGCGUCCUGAAGAGUCUAGCGCAAAAAGACUCAUUGUGGGCAUUGACCACACUUAUCUCAUCCGUGCAAUUGUCCAAUCCACAUGGCAAGACAAGCGAGGCCUUGUAGGAGCUCCAUGGAAGCCUGAUGAGACCGCCGAUGCUUUCAUGCCAUUGGACGACCUUCCAGGACAGCCAACCAAGAAGCCGAAAGCAAGCAUGAUGCUGAGCUGUCUUGCAUGGAGUCCAUUGACUAUCCACCGAGAGGCCUAUCCACUAGCAAGCAUGCCGAUGAGCUUGUCAAGAGAGAAGCAGGCAGACGAGACACUGGUCAAGAGUGGCAACAUUGCCCCUUGA